GCGCCUGCGCGCCCUCAGGACCAAAGGCCGAAGCCGCUCGCGCGCGCUCACUCGAUCGACCAGUCGCGCGCGCGACGAGAGGGAGAGCGACGCGGCGCCGAACCGGCUAGCUCUCGUAGGCACAAAAGCCCAAACACGUUGCUUCUGCAGUAGCUAGUGUGCCGUGCCCGUGAUCGGAGAUGGCAGGCUCGUUGUCUGCCGCGCUGUGCCUCACUCUCUUCUGCUUGCUGGGGGCAUGCAUUGCGCCCGGGGCGCGUGCUAACGGCCGGCACAGCCGGCGGGACCUCGACAUCAACCUCGGCAACGGCAACGGCGGGGGCAUCAGCAUCGGCAUAGGAGGAAGUGGUGGUGGUGGUGGUGGUGGCUCCAGUGGUGGCUCCAGCGGCGGCGGCGGCGAUCUGCGGCCGUGCGACUUCGAGAACGAGCGGCUGUACAAGGCGUACAAGGUGAUCCAGAAGUUCAGGAGGACGGUGACGUGCGACCCGCAGAACAUCAUCUCCUCCUGGAGCGGCGCCGACCUGUGCAGCACCUACAAGGGGUUCUUCUGCGAGCGGCCGCCCAACAUCACCGACCGGACCAUCGCCUCCGUCGACUUCAACGGCUACAACCUGCAGGCGUCGUCGCUGAAGGAGUUCGUGGACGCCCUCCCGGACCUGGCGCUGUUCCACGCCAACAGCAACAACUUCGGCGGCGCCGUGCCGGACCUCAGCCGGCUGCAGUACUUCUACGAGCUCGACCUGAGCAACAACAAGCUGUCGCCCGCCACGUUCCCGACGGACGUGCUCAAGCUGAAGAACGCCACCUUCGUCGACAUCCGCUUCAACAGCUUCUACGGCGAGCUCCCCGGCGGCGUCUUCUGCUCGUUCCCGCAGGUGCAGGCCAUCUUCGUCAACAACAACCAGUUCUCCGGCAGCCUGCCCGACAACAUCGGCGACUCGCCGGUGAACUACCUCUCCCUCGCCAACAACAACUUCACGGGGGAGAUCCCCAAGUCGAUCGCGCGCAUGGCCAACACGCUCUUCGAGGUGCUGUUCCUCAACAACAAGCUCAGCGGCUGCCUCCCCUACGAGCUCGGCCUGCUCGCCAAGGCCACCGUCAUCGACGCCGGCACCAACCAGCUCACCGGCCCGAUCCCGGCGUCGUUCGCGUGCCUGCGCAAGGUGGAGCAGCUCAACCUGGCGGACAACCUCCUCUACGGCGAGGUGCCCAACGCGCUGUGCGAGCUCGCCUUCUCGUGGUCGGGCCGCCUCAGGAACCUCACGCUCUCCAACAACUACUUCACGUCGCUCGGCUCCUGCUGCUGGGACCUGAUCAAGGAGGGGAAGCUCAACGUCGACCGCAACUGCAUCCCGUACGCGCCCAACCAGCGGUCGCACGACGAGUGCGCCGCCUUCUUCCACCGGACCAAGACCUCCGCGUGCCCCUGCAACACCUACGUGCCGUGUGGCCACAACAAGCACUCCGCCGCCGGCGCCGGCAGCGAGCAGGACACGGCGGCGGCGGAGGAGGACAAGUACAGGACUUACUCGGCGCUGCAUCCAUGAGCGCGAGAAGGAAGGGCAAAAGCACUGUGCUUCUCGUGAACGUGACACGAUUAUUGAUUGAUUCGGUUGCUCUUGGCUGGUUGUGUUAAUUGAUGUGUUGUGUCUACUUUUUUGUUACUUUUGUUUCCUUUCUCAUCCACUGUUACGUACGGCCAACUUAGUUUCACAUAUAUCUGCAUGUUUAGGUAAGGUAAUGGAGAUUUUAUUUUGAUGAACCACAGAAGCUUGUAAUAAUUCAGAUCACCAUGAAAGAUCAGCUUUAAAUUUCCCUGCA